CGCCUUGAGCACCACGACCUCUGCAGUUUCCCCCAAAACCCCGACACAUCUACAUUAUGCGACGACGACCUCUCUGCACUUCGGCAUCACGUGUCACAGCCUCGCUGCUGCUGUCUUUCCUCGCGGCGAGUGCUGCGGAGCUUCCUCUGCUACCACUGCCGCCGACAUCGCCGCAUUUGCACAACACCGAGAGGGACUUCACACUUCGCCACAUUUACCACCAUGGCACCUACAAGUAUCCCGAGCUGCACCGCCGGCUCGACGUCCCGGAGAAGGCUGCAGUCUACAUGCUGGCAGACGAGGGCUCGGCCAAUCGGGAACCGGUGCCUGCCUUGCGCGCCAAGUCGGAGAUUAUGAGCAUCGAGAGGAUGGUGCACAGGGACAGGGACACCAUCGACGGCAUCUUGGACUAUGGACGAAUGAGGGGCAAGGCAGUGCAGCUGGCUGCUGAGGACUGGACUAUCGACGAGCUGCCUGGGCCAAAUGUCACCGACAAAGAGACCGUGCUCACAUUCGCCCGCAUGGCAUCCGAUGCCUACAUACUGGAGCCUGGUACGGGAGACUGGGAAGAUGUGAAGGGUGGCUUCAACUACACUGAAGACUUUGGCUGGGAGUCGGACGGCUUACGGGGUCACAUCUUCGCCGACACCGAGAACGCGACCGUUGUCAUCGGUUUGAAGGGGACGUCACCCGCCAUGUUCGACGGCUCAGAGACCACCACCAACGACAAGAUCAACGAUAAUCUGUAUUUCAGUUGCUGCUGCGGGCAGGGUGGCCAGUUCCUUUGGCGCCAAGUUUGCGACUGCCAGACAACUGCUUACACAUGCAACUCGACUUGCCUUGUCACUGCUCUGAGGGAGAAGAAUCGCUAUUACUCUGCAGCGCAGGACCUCUACCACAACGUCACAGCUCUGUACCCGCACGCCGAGGUGUGGUUUGCAGGGCACUCGCUUGGCGGCGCUGUUUCUUCCUUCCUUUCUCUGACGUACGGUCACCCGGCUCUCACUUUCGAAGCCGUCCCCGAAGCUCUGCCCGCUGCUCGACUUGGCUUGCCAACGCCCCCCGGCCAUGAAAUUGGCUCCAUGCAGCAACGCAAAAUGACUGGCGGCUUCCAUUUCGGCCACACAGCAGAUCCCAUCUUCAUGGGACAGUGUAACACAGCAACGAGCGUGUGUACGAUUGGCGGUUAUGCCAUGCAGAGUCUAUGCCACACCGGCAAGAAGUGCACAUACGAUACCGUAAAGGACUUUGGCUGGCGUGUUGGUAUCGGAACUCACAAGAUUGCCGAAGUCAUUCGCGACGUGAUCAUGAAGUACGACCAGCCAGCCAAGUGCGAACCGUACGUUAACUGCACCGACUGCUUCGCCUGGGACUAUUUCGAGAGUAACGGCACCGAAACAUCCACCUCCUCCAAAUCAAAACCAACAUCAACCUUAACUCUGACCCGCAGCACACGCACUCGCACCGAAACCUGCAAAACCCCCGGCUGGUGGGGCUGCCUCGACGAGUCCACCACCGCCAGUGCUACUACCACCACCACCACAACAUCCACCACCUCAACCUCGACCUGCAAAACCCCCGGCUGGUUCGGCUGCAAGGACAAAGACCCCUCCGAAGAAACCUCCACCACCACAAGCACAAUAACCACCCCCGCCCCCGCCCCUUCCGUCACCACUACCUCCCACACCCCCACCUCCUCCGCAGCGUCAUCCUGCAAGUACCCCGGCUGGUUCGGCGGCUGCCUCGACGGCGACGACCCACCCGGCCACUCGCACAGCACGCAUCGCUCCUCGGUGCCUGCGCCCACGGCGUCGGCGACGACGUGUACGGACGAGGGCUGGUUUGGGCUGAUUUGCUACGAUAAGACGAAGACUAAGACGAGGACGGGGAAGGCGUCGGGGUCGACAAAGGGCACGGAGAAGAUGGAGACUGCUACUGAGAGGAUGGAAAUGUAAUGACGCGUUUGAUAUUGCUGCUCUUAUGUACUGGCGCCUGUUUUUUGAUGGCUGGGAAGGGGGGGUGGGCAUUAUAUCCGGGCG